AUGGCUCUAAGAUUCAACUCCUCAAAUUCGCUGUAUGAUUUUGUGGUGAGAGCCGGCAAUGGUGUGAAAGGUUUGGUAGACUCUGGUGUGUCAGAGGUGCCAGAGAGGUACAUACAACCUCCAGGCGAACGAAUCAACAAGCAUGAUUCAAGGGCAUGUGAUGCUCCACCCAUUGACUUGUCAAAACUGAAUGGAGAAGAGCAUGAGAAAGUGGUGGAUGAGAUUGCUAGAGCAGCUGAAACUCUUGGUUUCUUUCAGGUGGUGAAUCAUGGGGUGCCUUUGGAGUUGCUGGAAUCGCUUAAAGAUGCAGCACACACAUUCUUCAGUUUGCCACCAGAAAAGAAAGCUGUUUAUUGCACUGGGGUGAGCCCUAGCCCCAGGGUAAAAUAUGGGACUAGCUUUGUGCCAGAGAAAGAGAAGGCUUUGGAGUGGAAAGACUAUAUCAGUAUGACAUUUAACAGUGAUGAAGAAGCUCUUCAGUGUUGGCCUAAUCAGUGCAAGGAAGUUGCACUUGAGUAUUUGAAGUUAUCAACUAAGAUGGUUAGAGACAUUGUGGAAGCGUUGAUCGGUAAGCUCGGAGUUACACUAAAAGAUUCAGAAAUGGAUGGCCUUCUUGGAAUGAAGAUGGUUAACAUGAACUACUAUCCAGCGUGCCCAAAUCCAGAGCUUACAGUGGGUGUUGGGCGUCACUCUGAUAUGGGAGCUAUCACAGUACUGCUCCAAGAUGGCAUUGGAGGCUUGUAUGUCAAGGUGGACCAACAAAAUCCUGCUGACAAAGGACAGUGGUUGGAAAUUCCCCCAAUCCCUGGAGCUCUUGUAAUUAAUAUUGGCGAUACUUUACAGAUACUGAGCAAUGGGAAGUAUAAGAGUGCUGAACACCGAGUAAGGACAACUAGCAGCCAAUCCAGGGUAUCGGUUCCGGUGUUUACAAUGCCAAUAGCUACAGAAAGAAUAGGUCCAUUGCCAGAGGUGGUGGAGAAAGAUGGGUUGGCCCGCUACAGAGAAGUUGUGCUCCAGGAUUACAUGAACAAUUUCUUUGGGAAUGCUCAUGCUGGAAAAAACUCUCUUGAUUUUGCAAGGAUCAACUAG